AUGGCUUCUAUUACUGGUUCUGCUGAGGAUGAUAUGGCUUCUAUUACUGCUUCUGCUGAGGCAGGCACUAAUUACGUGGAGCGUACACCAGCCACCAAUUGGAGACCAGCUACGUACAUGUUUCAGAAAUCGCUACCGCCCAUCAUGGCCGUCGCCUCGGCGCUCCUCAUCGUCGUGAUUACGAUUCUAUUCCCUCCUGCGGGAGUCUGGGCUGUUGCAGGAUGCGGCAUGGACUUGUUUAUCAACAUUUGCCUGACCCUCCUCGGAUACAUCCCGGGUCACCUACACGCCUUUUAUCUCGAGUACAUUUACUUUGACCGCCGGGAGCAGGCGCACGAGGGCCGCUACCCCUCCAGGCCGGCCCCGGGCGUGUACUCGGACAAUGUGCAGAGCGGUGGCCAGGGCUACGGCACCAUUGUGCACCAGACAUGA